GUGAUCCCCGAAAAAACGUGCUGGUUUGUAGUGCAGUGAUGCCUGGCGAUGCAGUGAUGCACGCCAGCAGUCCACCAUCGUUCCGCGCUUGCCUUGCCCCUCAGGCGCUCACCCGCGGCGGCAGCAGCCACCGUUACGCAUCAGCACGGAGGAGAAGUGAUCUCAGCUACCGUGAUACCCGAGACAGCUUCUGCGGCGCACGGUCAUCGGUUGCUGCUGCUGCUGGUCAGCGGAGGGAAGCAGCAUCACCCCGAGCAGCAGCGGCGGAUGGUAGCCGUGCGGCAGCCGCGGCAGAAGCGCUAGCCCUCGCGUCGGAGCCAACGAUAGAGGAGAUGGUCCCGAUAUCGAAUACUCCAUGGAGCGGCCACGACAACGAGCGAGGUGCUACUCAGGAGGGGCAGCAGCAACAAGGCGCAACCAUGGCGACGGCGGGAGGAAGCAGGGUGGAUGCCGCGCUGAUCUCGAGAGGAGCGCUCCGGAGCGGAUACCUCUGGAAGCUGGGGGUCAACGUGCCCAAGUGGAAGCGGCGCUUCUUCGUGCUCAAGCCCAUCACGAUGCUCUUCUACUACAUGUCCGAGCACGACACCGAGCCUCGCGGGUGCAUCGACCUCGACCUCUUCGACGCCGUGCGAGAGGUGCGAAGAGACUCCGGUGGUUACUCCGCAACGACAGCCGCUGCCGAGACCAACAACACUAGCGGCGGCAGCGGCAAGAGGGGGGCCGCGAGCACGGCAUUCGAGCUGUACCGCUCCGGCUACCCGGACGGCAGCGGGUUCAUGCUGGAGGCUAGAGGCGGCGAGGACUGGGAGCAGUGGGUGGAGUCCAUCGCGAACGGCAGGCACGGAAAGCUGCAAGCCGAGAUGGACGUGAUGAGAGGCACCAACAAGCUCCUGCUGGAUGAGAUCAGCGGCCUGGAGCAGCAGGUGGCCACCUUCCGCGGGUACGCGGAACAGCGGCAUGUGACCGUCCUCGCUCUGCGGGACGAGCGGCACCGCAGCCGCGAGGUGGCGGCCGAGCUCGCCGCGCUCGGCGACACCGCCUCCGCCCUGUCGCACCUCAUCGCCGAGGGCCUCAAGGGCGGCGAUGGGAAGCAAGGUGACGGCGAGGAGGAGGAGGAAGGCGCCCAUGAGCUGGCGGCGGCCGGAGAGUUGCCGCCGUCCAUGGCCUGGAGGUCCAGCGGCAGUUGGGAUCUGGACACCGCGCGAUUGCGGUCGCCGUCGGCCCCGCAAGACGAGUCGUCGACUUCCGUGUCUCGAGACAGCGGCGGCGGCGGCGGUGACGGCGGUCGGCCCCGGCAGGAGCAACUCACCGAGCAGGGAGCCGACGAGUGGCUAUCCUUCGAGGCCAUCAGGAGGGCGUUGGCGGAGGCCCGCGCGGAGCUCGGCCGUAGGGAGCGGGCCCUGGAGCGGGAGGCGGACAGGAGGCGGGAGGUUGAGGAGGAGGCGCGACGCGCCGAGGGGCUGGUGAGGGCGGCGGAAGAGCGGGCGGUUGGCGCGGAGGCGGUGACGGCCCGGGUGAGCGGAAGGGUGAGCGUGCUGGAGCGGAGCGUGGAGUACCUGCAGACGCAGUUGCGGGCGCUGAGAGCCGAGCUCUGCCAGGCGCGGCACAAGAACCAGCUAGUCCGGGCGCAGAAGGCCGUCCUCAAGAAGGAGGUACGCGACAUGUUGUCGAGACAAGCAUCAUCGUCCGUUACCGCCGCCGGCACCUCGUCGUCAUCCCCCGGUCGUCACCAGCGGCGAGCGGGGGGAGGCGGCGGGGCUUGGCGUUCCCGUGCCCGCACGUGGGCGUCCAUGGGUGACCUGGCGGAGGCCGACGUUGCCCCUGACGUUACCGGCGGCAGCAGCGGCGGUGAUGGGACCGCAGGCGGGAGCAAAGGAGCGGGUGUGCGGUGGGCCAGCAGGUGCCGCUCUUCGACGUCGGAGUUUUCGACGGCGGACGGUUCGACAGUGGCUAUAGAGGAUGACGACGGCGGAAAGAUUGGCGGCGGAAGCCAACGCCGCCGAGGGAGCAUGCGGUCGUGCUUGUCUCGGGAAAGCCUGGCGGCGGCGUCGGACGGCGGGGACACCGACCUGGCGGAUAGGACUUGUUCGGAGGCCUCUGAUCUGGAAGAGAAUCAAGAAAAUAUCGUCUUCCACAGCAGCAGCAGCAGCCAGUUCCGGGAGGGCGUGUGCCGUACCAUUCGCAAGCGGGUCGGGCCUCCGCGAGUGCCGUCCCUGCCGCCGUCACGCCACCGACGAACCCUUGCCGCUGUCAAGAAUCUAAACUCGUUCCACGACGCAACGGUGCUGGCGGCGACACAGCUGCAGCAGCAGCAACAACAGUCCGAAGAGGCGUCCGGCAGCGGCGGCGGCGGCGGCGGCGGCGGCGGCGGCAACGGGGCUUCUUCUGCAGCGCCGGCAGUGGCCGGGCUAGCGGUGGCCGGCAUGUUCCUCGGGCUCAACAAGGGCAUGGUGGACAAGGCCGCGCAGGAGAUGGGCAAGAAGCUCGCGCUCUGGCCGGGGGCGGCGGGGAUGGGCGAGGCUGCGAUGACGAGCGUAAGCUCGCUGGGUUCCCUCGCGGCGGGCGCGAUAACCGGCGUGACCAGCAACAGCAACGCCGCCGGCGCCGCCGGCGGAGCUGGCAACUACCACCCGCACACCCCGUUGGGGUCGCCCCGGUCGGCUUCGGCGAGCGUUUCCGCCGCUCUAACCGACUCGCCGGUGCGGUGGGACCCGUCCUCACAGCACGGGUCCACGGUGUCGACCGACCUGGGUCUCGGAGAGAUAUCCGGGGCGGAGUCGGAGGCCUGCGUGAACCGUGGUAGGCAGUCGCUGGACGCCAAGGCGGCGGCGGCGGCGGCGGGUGGUGGCAGGGUAGGCGCGGCGGCGGCGAGCGCCCUCUCUGCCGCCGUCGGGGGUGGGCUCAAGAGGGUGAGCUCGUCCCGCACCGCGCUCAUCCAGCUGGCGGACCUCGAGCUUGCCGAGCCGUGCGGGAGACAAAUCGGCGGCGGUGGCAACGAGAUGGAAAGCAGCAGGCCGAGGUCGUCGGCCACACCGCCGUCGUCGCUUCCUUUGGCGGCGGCAGCGGCACCACCUCCGUCCUCCUCCAGUAAGUGGCGGCUGUCGUCGGUCCUCCCCCCGCGGCCGGACGACGAGUACGAGCUCCUCUUCACGACCAGGGUCAUCGGCCUCCAGUUCCAGGAACUCCUCGACGGCACCGGCGUCUGCGUCGCCGGCACCGAGGGCUACGUGGGGCCGGCCCCGACUACCGGAGUCCCCGGCGAGCGGCUGUGCCCGGACAACGGGGACGUCCUCGAGUCCUACAACGGCGUCUCGGCCCGCGGGAAGCCGGCGGACGUCGUGGCGCGAGAGCUCGCGCAGUGCGGGCGCCCCCUCCGCCUGGGCUUCCGGUCUACCCGCGCGGAAGACGAGCUCCUACCCGAAGAGGAGGAGGAGGGGGAGAUGGAGACCGCGUGGGUGGGGGAUUCUCGGCCGCGGACCCCCCUCCUCGAGGAGGGGAGCGGCGGCGGCGGCAGCGCGUGGGGGGGCGGGGCGGGGGCGGUUAGUAGUAGUGCUUCGUCGUGCAGGGAUGAAGCUUUCGCCGGGCCGUCGCAGCACCCGUGGGCGGUGUCGUCCUAAAACGCAACACCUUGUUGCUGUGAUUUUUUUUUUUUGGGGGGGGGUGGGGGAAUUGUCCUGUCUGAGUGGGGAGAGCAUAUCGGGAGGGAGAGGGAGUGGUUAAAAUGAUGUGGGACGUCCAAGGUCCCGAACGUUGCUGCUGCUCCACGAGCAGCGUGAGGGACGCGAUCUCGGAAGCGCGGCACCGCCGGUGUGUGUGUGUGUGUGUGUGUGUGUGUUCCCGUUUUUUUCAUGCAUGAUGUGUCGAUAUGCAUAGAGUAUCAAGAAGGGGCGUAUCUUGGUGCAAGAGACUGAGCACACUGCUGCUGUUGUUCGGGGGAACGAAGAGGUGGGGCCGCUUUUUUCGCGCGCGAUGCCGCCCUUCCUCGGGGACAAGAAUGAUCUGUUCUGUUGCUGUUCGCCAUGGUUGUAUGACGCCAGCGGGGCCUUCAUGUGGACGCAGCAGCAGCUAGGCCGCGGGGAUGUCGCUCGAAGAGAGAUUUUUUUUGUGUAUGGUGUCUGAAAACCUGGUUUUGUUUGUAGCGGUUCACGCCCUUUCAGGAGGAGAGAGAUACUGGAUGUUUGAGGGCUGGACGUUAGUAUGCAAAGAUUGUGUUGGCGCCAAAUCAAACAUACGUGUGAUGGACGCUGUGGGUCUGCGUGAACCGGUUGACUCACAGCCUUUUUUGUCCCCUUUUCUACCGUUGUACUCAAAAGAAGUAAUGCGUGUCCUUUAGCUAAUCGAUGCUGUUUUUUGUAGUGCUGUGUACGCUGCGUGAGGUUUGCAAUAGAAUGGGAGGGGGCGUGUAUUUUUUUUUUUCGUUUCCUUCCCGGGAGGCCGUUCCAGAAAGAAGGGCUGCCUUUUUUCGCGGGCAUUAUCGAGUUGUAUUCUUUAUUUUUCACCUCAAUUGUCACUUACAUGGAGGUGUACUACGGCCGUGGUUGACGUGGAAAUGAAAAAAGGUCGUAAGAAGUGGUUGUAUAUCUACACGAGUCCCCCAGCCAAUUUUUGCUCUUGUGGUGCAUUACCGACUCAGGGAGCAUCGGAAGGAUCUCUCUCUCUCUCUCUCUCUCUCUCUCUCUCUCUCUCUCUCGGGAUGAUGCCGUUUGUUUCCUAGAGUAGUCGUGGUACAUAUUCUACAGCAGCAGUAGUGGUACAUACGCGACGACGUUGUAUCGUUUGACGUGUGUGCUCUGCCGUGGCUACUUUUUCCUGUCGCAGGCCCAGCUGUUUUUCUAGUUGUUUGAAGCGGUGCGUGGUAAAAUUAUGCUGAAGUGGCGUUUUUGACGGAAUCAUCUAGUAGUGGCGAAAACCAUGGUACCUGGCUAAUGGACGAAACCCUUUGGUUCCUAGAAGGACCCUUCACUCUUAAAACACCCACGGGUGCAAGCAAGUUGUUGAAUUUAUGAUCGAAGGACAUGCAUUACCUGGUAUUUGUUGGUCAGUUUUGGUUAUAUAUUCUAGACUACUACUACUGUAGUGUCCGCGUUUGUUCAGAGUGUUCCAUGCGCGGCGUUCCCGUUCUGCGGCUGGCUGGCUGUCGUCUCUUCGUUGAGAGGACCAUGAAAAAGAAAAAAUAUGUUUCGAAUGUGACAUUAUUUCUUUUGUUUUCUCGCCAAAUAUAUUGGGGUGUAAUUUAUGGUUCCCACCCCGCCAAUAUUGUGUACCGCGGUGCAAGGCGCGCCUUGGCAGGAAAGGGUUAGGGUGGUGCAUCACCACAUACAUUCCCUGUUCACCAGACGGCUGGCACCCCUCGUGCAUGUCGGAUUAUGUUCGUCCAGCGGCGUGUUGCCAUAGAGAUCAACUUGCUCACACGGUACGGUUGCUGUGACGCGCAGCCCUCAAAGCGGUCUUCUUUCGUCUUUCGUCUUUCGUGGCGAGACUGUCAUGUCCUGCAUGUACUGCUACGGAAGAAAGGGAUGGCAAAAUUAGCUUGGUGAGAAGCCGUUGGCACCCAACGGGCAAGAUUCUCCAGUUUCCACAAUCCGACGACACCCCAGCACCAUACGCUGCAUGACAGGAUCUUGUGUUGGUUGCCAUGACGUUCUUGUUGCAAAUGGAUGGGU